AUGGGUUCGCCAAUAUUUACUCAUCUGAUUCUUGAAGUCGUAAGCAUGAAGAAACAAGUCCCGUCAUGUCCUAGUCAUCAAAGAGGAUUCACAAAACAAACUCCUGCCAUGUCGUGUUCAUCAAAGAGGAUUCACAUUGAGUCAAUUUCUAGCCAUCUACACUCCCAUCAAACACUUACCCAACACCACCCUCUCCUCCCUUACUCCUUCUCCACCGUUGUAAUUUUUGGCCGCCUUGCCAGUUUAGAUUCUUCAGCUUCUGAAGAUGAAGGUGAGAAGGGCCGCGACGGAGCAACUCUGUCGGAUCUGUUCUUCGUCAAUGAUACGAAGAAAAGAAGAGGUGAUGUUGUGAGGAUCAAUUCGAGGAAUUUAGGGUUCUCGUGCUUUGGAGUGCUAGUGUUGGAUAUGAAGGAAGAUGAAGAAGACGACGAAGAAGAAGAACGUGAUGACGAUGACGAUGACGAUGAAAUUAGGGUUUCUAAUGAGGUGUUUGUUUGA